AAGAUCAGUGUAAGUUUUCAGAUUAUUAUUGUCACAUUAAAUUCCAUAAUGUUUAUUGUUUCUUUAAUUAUAAAUUAAGAUGAUAAUUGGGAAUUCAAUGAAAAUAAUUCUGCUUUCAUAUUUAAAUGCAGGCCUAAUUUAGUUAAUGCCAAAUAACUUCAAAUGUAAGAAAUCUAUGUUUAUGUCAGUUUCUUAUUAAAUUUCUCUUUCUAACUAUCUUAUAUUAAUAGUUUAAAAUGCAAAAAUAAUCUUCAAUAAGUAUUGUUAAAGGGGGCUAAAGCAGAAUUUACAAAUAUUUAAAAAUGAUGACACAGCAAGUUUUGUGCUUUAGAGCGUCUUUGAUUUCUCCCGUGUAGGGAUAAAAAUUGCAGGUAGAUAAACCGUUUCAUAUUUAUAACCAGGACAGAAUUCAAUCCAUGAUAGUUCAACUAUACAGUUAAACAGAAGAGAACUGUAACGAGUUUAUUUACCAUUUUAGAUUUAAUUUUGUCCCGAGCUUUUCAAUUGAAAUAAAAACAUUUUGGAAAUAUCCUAAAUAUUUUCAUAAAAUAAUAUUUAGAACCAGGACGUAGUUUAAUCAGGGUACAGAAUACAGACUACAGAGUACACAGUUAACCAGGAGAGAACUAUUGAGAAUAUAUAUUGAUAUUUAUAACCAGGACUUUUAAUCCGGGUGCAGUGUACACAAUUCAACAAGAGAUAAAUAGGAAAAUAUAUAAUAAUAGUAUUUAGAACCAGGCGGAGUAUAAUCAGGGUACACAGUUCAACAGGAGAGAACUAGGAGAAUAUAUAAUAAUAGUAUUUAGAACCAGGACGGAAUAUAAUCAGGGUACACAGUUCAACAGGAGAGAACUAGGAGAAUAUAUAAUAGCAUUUAGAACCAUGGGUUGGAGUAUAAUCAGGGUACACAGUUCAACAGGAGAGAACUAGGAGAAUAUAUAAUAAUAGUAUUUAGAACCAGGACGGAAUAUAAUCAGAGUACACAGUUCAACAGGAGAGAACUAGGAGAAUAUAUAAUAAUAGCAUUUAGAACCAUGGAUUGGAGUAUAAUCAGGGUACACAGUUCAACAGAAGAGAACUAGGAGAAUAAAUAAUAACAGUAUUUAGAACCAGGACGGAGUAUAAUCAGGGCACACAGUUCAACAGGAGAGAACUACGCCACCUUUACGUGUAACCUUGUUUUUAUGUAUGUUGAAUUCUACGAAAAAAUGGUUUUAAUAUUCAAUAUUUGAAAAUUUAGAAAAUGAUGCUUGCUGAACCAGUUUCAAUACUUCAAAACACAACAGUAGAGGAACCUGUUUUCCUAAAUAUAAACAAAACCACCACCAACAACAACAACAACAAUGUCUCCAAUCAAACAGAUGAAAUUGACUCCUUGUUAACACUACCGGGCUUUCUAGAGGAUGGAAUUGGUCUUCCGAGCUCCCUGAUGCAUGUUAUCUAUGGAGAAGUGGAGGAAGAGGAAUAUGGGACUGCUAGGAGCGGAUGCAAUGAUGCCUUCUCAGUUUUUGGAUUCCUUGCUUUCUUACUUGCUCUGGUAGAUCUUAUCAUGAGACUUCAGGCUGGUAACAAACGACGUAAAAGAGAAGAUUCCUCAACAUGUACCGUCAGGGUCUCCAGUCAAGAUAAUCCACAGCUAAAGGAAGGAACCCUGGCAGCCUACUCUAUGUUUCGUGGAUUUCUGAAUUCAAUGGAAAAUGAAGAAGAAAAUAAAUCUAGCUGCGCCAAGCUGUCUAUGUGUGAAGCUGCCAGAGAAGCUGCAAACCUGGGUGAAAUAGGUGAAGUAAUUGCAAGAGUUGGAAGUAUGAACGCUGUUGGUUGGCUCAGGAAUAUGGAUCAAAAGAUCGCUAAAGGGAUCAAGCAAGCUGGGCAUCUUGGAUCCAGAAAAGGGGAUUGCUCCGCUCUGUACAAAUGCUCUUCAAGACCUAACCAUUACCGACAUCCGGGUCAUUCCUUUCAGAACCUAACCAGGGGUUCACAAACAUUUUCUAAACUUGCUCAUCACAUCAAUUCAAACAAUUUGGACUGGGAGUCUAUAUUUUAGGAACAUGUGUGUUUUUGCCGCAAAUAAAAACCAAGAUAAAAAAUGUUUACUGUUUAUAUUAGUCACAUACAUAACUGCCAAAAAUAAGCAGAGCUAUGUUUAUACUUCAAGUUUAGUGUUGAGAGAGAAUGUUAGACAUAAUAUAUAAUUCAAAUUAUAUUGCAAGAAAAUCUGAAAACUUACACAAAUAUUUAGUGAGAGAGAAACUGUACAGAAAACACAUGUUCUGUGUGAUCAAGAUAGAUUUCAUGUAGUCGAUCAAUGAAACCCCAGUGGUUAGUAUUGAAUUAUAAAGGGGUCAAUCGGGUUGGGGAAGUUUGGGGGAAAUGGGGAUAAAAAGGGAUUACAUAACGCAAU